AUUAUUAUUUUGUAACUCGGCGUGACGUCAUUUCCGCUGCGCGAAAUGUAUUUGGCGCGCUAAAGUGAACUGAAAGGAGAUAGACGAUGACGAUGGACGUGAGCAGAAACUUGCUCCCGUCACUAAGAUCUAGUUUUGUUGGGUUGUCGCGUCGUUAGUAUAAGUGUACAAAGUGAACCGAAGCCAGCGGACGUUAGCGAUGUUGGCUAACUUGGCAUGGAAAUAGUCGCUUGUGGUUUAUUCAGCCUGCCCGUAUUUGUUUUGUUGACGUUUGGCCAAUAUGAAAAGAACCAAACUGAAGCUUCCCAAGGCGACACCAGGAGCACAGAGAGACAUCUCUACCUUCUUUACCUCUGGAAACAAGGGUUUACCCCCUAAGUCACCAGUAAGCGGUGUGCGCUGCAAGACCGACCCGCACGUCCAAAAUGGAGGUGUCUUGGCCACGGGAUCGUACUCUCCCUUAAAGAGGAGCAUCCUCGGGGUUAUUGAGAACCUUCUUCCCUCCUCACCAGACCUCCUCAUGGUUCCCGAGACCCCAAGUAGUCAGAUGUUACUUUCAUCCUCUAGAGGCCAUGAAGAGCUGAGCCCUGGGACCAGGAGAGAAACAUCUCCUGGACAGAAACCUGUCAACUCGUCCCCCUUCUUUCGAAGUCCUCGUUCCAAAGGGCUGAGUGUAAUGUCAGACAGCGAACGGGGGCGAUGUGGCUUGAUGAAAAGGCCCUUUAGUCCUUCUGAAGAGCUCCAUGAACCUAAGAGGCCAAGAACCACAAAUGCACUGGAGGCCAGUCCCGAGAGAGAACGCAAACAUGAAGGAGAGACUGUUUUUACCGCCAUAAUAGAGCAGAAGACGGCAGAAGGCAAAAGCGUAGCGUUCCACGUGCACACCCAUGACGAGCAAGCUGCCCGACCUGCAGCGCAGGCAUGUGUAGAGGAAGAAGACGUCGACUCAGUGGAGAAAGAUGCUCAAAAAACAGCGUCAGAAUCUUCAGACGGCGUCGAGCACGAAGUGAAAUCAUCCGAUGAGAACGGAGGGAACACUGGGACCACGUCGCCAUUUUCUGUGGAAGAGAGUUUGGAUGGGCGUUGGUUCACAGAGCAGAUGGAGCCGAGUGACUGUCUCGUGCCCAAGGAGAAACCCCAUAAGUUACCAGAUCACGUGAUCCUCCGUGGAGGUCCAAACAACCGCUACUGGGUUUUAAACGUGGAGGAGAGUCCGAAUCAAAAAGUCCUGACUAUCACACACUUCAAAUUUCUCCAACCCACCGAGACGUGUCUGCUGAAAGAUGGCUGGGAGAUGACGCCUGUUGUUCGCGGCGACAUGGUCCACCUGGAGGGCUGCGCUGACGCUGGAUCCUGGGUGGUGGACCGAGAACAUGGCCUGCUGGUUUUACUUCCCGACUAUCUGGUUUCAGGCACCAGCAUCUCCAGCUCCAUCCGCUGUAUGAGGCGGGCCGUGCUCGGGGAGAUGUUUAAGAGUUUUGAUGGUGGCUCCAAGCAGAUGCUAAACGGCACCAUCAUCCACAAAGUGUUCCAGAGAGCAGCCACAGCUAAAGAUUUCUCUUUGGCCACUUUGUCCAACAUGGCUGAGGAGGCUCUGCACAGUCCCCAGCACCUGGGGGACAUGUACAGUUUGGGUGUAACUCAGGAUGAGAUGAAGCAGGAGCUGCAUGAUUACCUGCCCUCAUUGGAGCACUGGGCAAAGGAAUACCUCAUAUUGCCAAUGCCAAAAGCCAUCAGGCUCAAAAUCCCCAGCGGUGGUGGGGUGACGGGCAGGGCGCAGGACUCCUCCACCGCUACGAUUACAGAGCUGGCCGACAUCGAAGAGAACGUGUGGUCGCCGCGGUUCGGCCUCAAAGGGAAAAUCGACUUGACGGCACGGGUUCGAAUCCAAAGAACGCGAAAUGUCAGCCAACGGUCCUCUGAAGUGAUGACCAUCCCCUUGGAGCUGAAAACUGGAAGGGAGUCCAACUCUAUAGAACAUCGCAGUCAGGUGAUUCUGUACACCCUGAUGACGUUGGAGAGAUACGAUCCUCCAGCCGGUUUCUUGCUUUACCUGAAGACCGGAAACCUUUAUCCUGUUGUCCCCAGCCACGUGGACCGCAGAGAAUUGCUGAAGCUGAGGAACACCAUGGUUCGUUACGUCCACAACUCGGUGCAGAAGGGCGUGGAGGGAAGUCGCCUAGCCAGACUUCCUGACAUUGUAACAGACAAAAAGGUCUGCCACUAUUGCCCUCAAAGGAGAAACUGUGCUCUGUAUGAAAGGGUGUUGGAAGGCACGUCUGCAGACAUCAGUGAUGACUUCCUGCAGCAGGAAACGGGGCACCUGACCGCCACGCACCUGGACUAUUUCGCCCACUGGCUGCUGCUCUGCAGUCUCGAGGCCGCUGGCAUGGAGGCCAGGAAUGGCCGAAAGCGUGUGUGGCUCCAGACGCCUGAGGAAAGGGAGAAGAAAGGAAGUUGCAUCGGGAACCUGCAGCUGAUCGGCCCUGCGAGCGUCCAGUCGGAGGGCGUUUUCCUUCAUCGCUUCCAGCGGGCUAACGAGGCGCACGAUUCAAGCGGCUGCGGCCUGGCCAGCGGGGAUCGCGUUGUCCUUAGCGACCAGGGAGGUCGUUUUGUUGCCCUGGCAACAGGCUACCUGUGUGAUGUCAGCAGGACAUCCGUCAGUUGUACCUUGGACAGGGACGUGUCUAAGCUCAGCGGGGAAGUGUUUCGAUUGGAUGCAGAUGAAGGCGUGAUGGGCCUCAGCACUCACUUGACCAAUCUCUCCAGACUGAUGGAAAGCAGUCAAGAUAGUGAUCGUCUGAGAGAGUUGGUUGUGGGUCUUCGUCCUCCGGAGUUUAUUGUCAAUCUCAGUUCAGUUCUGCCCAAAGAGGCCAAAGACACAGUGGCAAAUAUCCUCAAAGGUCUCAAUAAACCCCAGAAGCAGGCCAUGAAGAAAGUGUUGUUGUCUAAAGACUAUACAUUGAUUGUCGGCAUGCCCGGGACAGGCAAAACCACCACCAUCUGCACCCUGGUUCGCAUCUUACACGCGUGUGGCUUCAGCGUGUUGCUGACAAGCUACACGCACUCCGCUGUCGACAAUAUCCUGUUGAAGCUUAAGCGCUUCAAAGUCAGCUUCCUGCGUCUUGGCCAAGAGCAAAAGGUCCAUCCAGACAUCCUUCCAUACACGGAGGAAACUGUCAGGAAGAAUGGAGUUCAUACUCUGUCAGAACUGGAGCAGCUUUAUAGCAAAGAGCUGGUUGUGGGAACAACUUGCAUGGGCAUCAAGCAUCCUAUUUUCACACGGCGGCGCUUCGACUUCUGCAUUGUGGAUGAAGCGUCACAGAUCAGCCAACCCAUCUGCCUGGGCCCGCUGUUCUACGCCAACAGAUUUGUCCUGGUUGGGGACCACCAACAGCUGUCCCCAAUAGUGCAUGAUAAGGAAGCAAGGUCACUAGGGAUGAAUGAGAGUCUGUUUAAGCGACUGCAGUGCCAUUCUGAAGCUGUGGUCCACCUCAACGUCCAGUACCGCAUGAACAGGCAGAUCAUGUCCCUGAGCAACUGUCUGAUGUAUGACGGCCGUUUGGUGUGCGGCUCGGAGAGGACGGCGUCGGCUCUCCUCUCUCUCCCCUCGCUGACGUCCGUCCAGUCGGAGCUCGAUUCUGACGCGCAUCCCCGCCACGAUCUGGCAUGGAUACAGGCUGUGUUGAUACCUAGCAAACCUGUUUGCUUCCUGGAUUGCUCAAUGGUGCCAGCUUUGGAGUCAGUGGAACAGGGAGGCAUAAGCAAUCGCACCGAGGCGGCCAUCAUCCACCUUCUUCUGUCAUUGUUGAUAAAGGCCGGCUGUAAGGCCAGCGAUGUAGGCGUCAUCGCCCCUUACAAGCAACAACUGAGGAGUGUCUCGGCUCUGCUGCAGUCGUCUGCUUUUCGCGGCGUGGAGGUGAACACGGUGGACAAAUACCAAGGACGGGACAAGAGUCUCAUUGUCCUCUCUUUUGUCAGGAGUACCACAGAAGAUGAAAAUCUAGGAGAGCUGUUGAAGGACUGGCGCCGCCUGAAUGUCGCCAUCACCAGGGCUAAACACAAACUGCUCAUGGUGGGCUCCGCGUCCACGCUCAGACGAUACACUCCCGUGGAGAAACUACUCAAUCAUCUGGAGCAGGAGAACAUGAUAUCCUUCGUCAUCUCUCUGAGAAUGUCUCAUUUGGUUUUGACUUGGUUGUUUGCCUCAUCUGCCAGCGUGCGUGUGCGCUUGUAAGCGGAACACUCCUCAUAGUCUUAUUAUUAAAGAUGUUCAUCAUGGUUUUCGUAAUAGUGCUUAAGAUGGGUCUUCAAGAAUCUAUGACCCAAGGCUUUAUGUGAUGUGCCUCCCCCCCCCCCCAAUGC